CGCGCGUCGGGCGGCGAGGAUGUUGCCACAUGGCGCGGUGGUGAAUCUUGGUAUCGGCAUCCCUUCGCUUUGUGCGGAUUUCGUUCCCGAGGGGGUGCAGCUUCGGUACAGGCUGAGAACGGGGUGUUGGGUUACGGCGAAUUGUUGGCGCCGGAGGACGGCGAUCCUGAUCUGAUCGAUGCGAGCGGGCAGUUUACUAAGAUGACGCCGGGGAUGGCGUUUUUUGACUCGGCGGAGUCGUUUGCCAUGAUCCGAGGCGGUCACAUCGAUGCGACGGUGCUUGGUGCGUUGCAGGUGUCGGAGAAUGGAGAUUUGGCUAACUGGAUGCUGCCGUCGCGGGGUAUUGGGAGUAUCGGUGGCGGGAUGGAUUUGGCGGCUAACACCAAACGGGUGAUUGUGGCGAUGGAGCAUACGACGAGGCGCAACUUGCCCAAGAAUAUCCUCAGGGAGUGCGAAUUCCCAUUGACGGCUCAGCGGUGUGUUACCGACAUCGUUACCGACAUUGCGGUCAUUUCCGUCACUGACCAAGGGUUGGUAUUGGAGGAAUGUGCGCCGGGUUGGAACCCGGAAGAUGUGCAGGCUUUGACGGCAGCAACUUUGCAGUUCCAACGGAAAGAAGCGUUCGCGAUGAAGAUACUGAUAUCCGGACGGUAG